AAUAGAAGAACAUUUAGCAGUCAGAACUUAGUGCUAUGGUAGGGUGUUGGUGGGAGGGAUUACUACUUCCAUUGCUCGUGGGAGUCUGGGGGACGUUAGGUAGCAGCUUCAGCUUUCUUCCUGGCUCCCGGAGCGCGCGGACACGAGACUGCAUCCCAGCUGUUGCUGCACCAGGACACAGCCGAUGAGCAUCACUGAUCUGGAGUCAGGCGUGGAACCUGUUGCUGAAUUGCAUUGACAUCGCAUUGCUUUGAAGUUAAAGCUUUGGAAUUGCGAUAUUUAUUGGCUAGCACCUGACGAUUCUCCCUGCUGGUUUAAAACAUUGCACUCCACUGGAAUUACUAGCAUGACUCCAGGAGUACUGUGCAACUGUCUGCUGCUGCUGUGUUUGACAGCGAUUGAUGAUUGUCACGGUGGCACGCAGGGGCCGCAGAGCUGCAUGGACAGACACCAGGUGGUGGGGGUGCUGCGUCAGAUGGAGAAGUUCCUGAAGGGGCAGGAGAUGCGAUUCACAGAGGGUCUCCGGAUCAUGAAGUCCAAAUUGGCUGCCCUGCAGAACUCCGUCUCCAAGCUCCCCCAGGCCGACCAGUAUUUGGCUCCCUCUACCUGCCCUUCCAUCGAUGCCCCGUCCCACGGGCGGAAAUACGGCUCUAAGUACCUGAUAGGCCACGAGGUCCACUUCACGUGUCACACAGGGUAUCAGCUGGUGGGUGCGGCCACACGCGUGUGUCAGGAGAACGGCACCUGGAGUGGGGGCGACACCGCCUGCAAAGACAUUAGUGAAUGUGCCAGCAACCCAUGUCAGAAUGGAGGUACCUGUGUGGAGGGGCUCAACCAGUACAAGUGUACCUGCUCACAGAACUGGAGUGGAUCCCACUGCCAACACCAAACCCAGACAGCCCCUCCCGAGUGGAGCGUGAUGAACGACCCGGCCUUCAGCCGCAAGCCGCGCUGCGCCAAGGUGGACCACACCCAGCACUGCAGCUGUGACGCCGGGUUCCACAUGAGCGGCACCGCCGACAACACCGUCUGCCAAGAUGUGAACGAGUGCGAGGUGUACAAGCUGGACCGGGGGGGGAAGCUCUGCGUCCACGCCUGCGUGAACGUGCCGGGGUCGUACCACUGCUCCUGCCCCGACGGCUUCACCCUGCUGCCCAACGGCCGCGGCUGCGAGGACGUGGACGAGUGCCUGUCCCAGCAGCACAACUGCACCCGCGGCACCACCUGCAUCAACACGGGCGGCAGCUUCCAGUGCGUCAACCCCGAGUGUCCCCGUUCCCACGGCAACGUCAGCUACGUCAAGACCUCGUCCUUCCAGUGUGAGCGUAACCCGUGCCCCAUGGAGAGCCGCUCCUGCCACCUAGCAGCCAAGACCAUCUCCUUCCACUACCUGUCGCUGCCUUCGGGCCUGCAGACGCCCGCCACCCUGUUCCGCAUGGCCACCGCGGCCGCCCCGGGCCGGGCUGGGCCCGACAGCCUGCGCUUCGGCAUCGCCGGGGGCAACACCAAGGGCCUGUUCGUCAUGCAGCGCUCGGACCGGCAGACGGGGGAGCUGAUCCUGGUGCAGGCCCUGCGCGGGCCCCAGGAGGUGACUGUGGACGUGGACAUGUCUGAGUACACGGACCGCAGCUUCCAGGCCAAACACGUGGCCAAGGUGCACAUCCUGGUCUCGCCAUACGACUUCUGAGCUCUGCCCUGCCUGAGAGAGAGAGAACGUGAGAGAGAGAGAGAGAGAGAGAGAGAGAGAGAGAGAGAGAGAUGAGAGAGAGAAUGAGAGAGAAAGAAACAGAAUAUUCCUUCUGCUUCAAUCACCUGUUUGCCCUCUCACCCCAUGUAAACACACACACACACACACAACUCACAGCUCCAUGUUUGAGAGCUUAAGACUGAAAGAAAGGUCUUUUUGUUUUGAAGUCCCUUGAGCCCAGUGGAGGGAAGCAGGUUGUGAGGGUUCCAGUGAGCUGGAUCAGAUAGGGCAGAGAGCUGGGGCUAAGGAAGAGAGAAAGGUCCAGUUCGAUCCAGUCUAAACCGGUCCUCAUACCGUCGUGGAGAGGGAGAAUGGCUGAGCACCAGGACUACAGUGAGGUGUGAAAUCACUGGCACAGUGAAAGGCCUGUAAAUCAUAUUUUACAAACCAAUGGAUAUAUGAAUGAAUGUAAUAAUAAUCAACAUUUUUUUUGGUUCCUAAGAAACCUAACUAAUCCUAGUUUUGAUUGAUUCAGGAGUGGGCCUGACGUUACCUCAGGAGUCUUAACUGAGGUACUGCACUUGAAUGUGCACUGUCAUUGGUAGAUCCCAGAAGUUUAGACCCUCUGCCCUGCACACAUAAAUACACAUGCAUAACUAGCACCAUGGCCCCUAUUUAUCAAAACGUUUUUUGUACGUUAGUAAAGUGUGUUGUCCUUGUCUUUUGUCACGUGAGUUUGUUUUUUUCUUUCUUCAUCAUUCAACCAAAUGCAAGAGCAAAUCAUGUAAAUGAAGCAUACUGUAGCUUACUGUACAAUUAUAUUGUGGAAACACGUUAUAUUUUUCUGUGAGAUACUGUAGGAAAGUUACUAGAUAUUGUUUUAACAGUUAUGCCUCUGUAACUACAGUCUGAGGCCCUUGCUGAUGCAGUAUAUAUCAGGUAUCUGACAUCAUAAUCCAUCUCUUUACGGUGUGCCUUAUUAAUAUCUCUUUUACUUGUUGUUGCACAUGAAUGUUUAUACAUAAGUGAAAUAAAGCCAGCACUAUAGUUGUUCUUUUUUA